AUGCUCUACAAGCAAGACAGUCUGGUCGCACUCGAGGAAAAGCUAGAUCGAAUCGACAGAGAAGAGCCUCGUGUUAUCUUUCUGGGCGAUCGCCGCCGCGAUAAGAACGAAGAGCGUAGAACCGCCAUGGAUGAGAUCGACAAAGAGCUCGCGUCGUAUGCGCAGAGAGACAUCACAAACAUCAAGAAUUGGGUGCGAGAAACAGGCUGUAUAACGCAGAGCGAGAUGGACUACUUGAACCAUCCACAAGACCUGAUGGCCGUAGGGGCGUCUACGACCGACGGAGCGUUGAGCCAACUACAAGGCCCCGUGGAAGAUCUGGUCAAAUGGUUACUAACGCGCUUCCGCAGCCUCGAAAGACUGGUGAGCAACAUCAACCGCAAGGACCCGUUUUGA